AUGUCCCCCUUACCUGAGCAGUCGAGAUCGGUGUUGGGUUAUGGCGAUUCGCCAUCUAAUACCUCACUACGAGCAUCCAUUGAUGCUGCCAAUAUGGAGCUUCUGCUUCCCAGACGGAUAGAGUUCGUAAGGGCCAGUGCACAGGUCACUGCCAAGAGUCUGUCUGGUCUCGAUAAGAAAGACGAUGCACCACAAAGGCCUAAUAAGUGGGUAUUCCCAGAGGGUGGACUGGAGCAGUAUCAUGGCUGGCGAACGUCUAAAUCCUAUGGUGCUGGUCUGAGGAAUCAAGGCAAUACAUGCUACCUCAACUCAACCCUCCAGUGCCUCUCUUAUGUGAGUACUUUCGCCCAAGCCAGUGAGGCUAAGAUACACGAAAGAACUUGUCCGAGGAAACGGGCGGGUGUUUGGUGCGGACUCUGUAACCUAUCUAACCUCGUUUGUCGAAUACAUCAAAGCCAUGGUGGUCAUUUAUCCCCUACAGAGGUCCUACGCCAUCUCAACCUCUACUUUGCCCGCUUCCGCCCGGGUCGGCAAGAGGAUGCGCAUGACGCCUUGAGGCAGCUCAUCGACACGUGUAUUCGCAGCGAAGCCCUGCCAGCAAAGGUCUCCCCUUCAGCUCAGAAUAAGAAGGCUCCUUUUGUACAUCCAUCGGUGUCACAGACUACUAUGCUGGGACAAAUGUUUGGCUAUCAUACCGCUCAACGUAUACAAUGUGCCAAUUGUGGACACGUGUCUUGUACCUUCCAUUUCGAUAUGGAUAUCAGUCUAUCAAUCUCUAGAUGCCGUACCAUUGAUGAAUGCCUUACACGUUAUUUCGCCCCGGAGAUCUUCAAGGAACAGAAUGCUUAUAAGUGUGCGAAGUGUAAACGUACCGUGACUGCAAAGAAGAGUACCCGGCUGUAUGAUGCCCCUAUGAAUCUCACCCUCAGUCUCAAGCGCUACUGUUAUGGCCGCUUCGGUGGUCGACGACAGAAGGAUGGUCAUUAUGUAAAAUACGAGAAAGAGCUCGAUCUUUCCAAGUUUAUCGCUGAUCAUAGAGCAUCUACUCCUGGUGUCUCCAACAAAUAUAUACUGUCUGGUGUAUUGGUCCAUUCGGGUGCAACACCGCAACUAGGGCAUUAUUAUGCAUUCGUUCGUAACCCUGCUGGAUUCUGGUAUUGUUGUGACGACGAGUCCGUUACCCCAGCUAAGGAGCAUACUGUCCUCUCACAACAAGCGUAUAUAUUGUUCUAUGAGAGGAAGCGGUCAAAGAAGGACAGUAAGAGCCAGCGUCAUCUCAGUGUUGAGUCUGAGCCGACAGUAUCGACAACGAAUACAGACCAGAAUAAGGCGAAGAAGGCAGUGCCUGCUCCCCUUCAACAGCAUCAGUCCCUCUUCUACAACUCCCUCACUACCCCUCCUGAUACCCCCUCUACGACGGCUGGGGAGUUGGAUAACCACGCUGUGAGCUCAGGGUCUGUGAGUUCAAGUGUUACUACCCUUACGGGUGAUGAAGAGGUUCAUAAAGAGGCGGCCCCGACUGAUCGUAAGAGGAAGCAUGCAGUAGAGGAUGUGGAGAGUCCUCAGAAGAAGGCACAUGUUGAUGCAAAAGGAGAGACAUGUAUCUUAGCCAUCCCAGCCGUGCCUUGUUGUAUCACUCUCGUCGUAGUACCUCCUGCUGCUGCUGGCCUGCAGCAAGCUGUCUUUGUCCGUAUGCAUCCUCCAAAGUUUGGUGAUGAGGAGAAGUCAAACGAUAACUCUGAUCCUGAUGAGGAAGAGGAUCUGCCUUCUGAACCUGUCGCCAAUCAAGAAGAGGAUCCUGUUGUCGGGCAAGCGACGAAGUUAGCCGAGGUUGUAAGGGUAGAAUCCUGUGGUACUGCUGCUACUAUCAAGCCUAAGGAACGAGCCUCUCUAGCGAGGAGUGUUCGCUCUCAAUACGGCGCUAAUAAGGUAUCCUCAUGGGAUAGUGAUGAUGAUGAGGAGAAGGAGGAAGGUAGAGAGGAGGUAGAGCGGGCUAGGAAGGAGGCUAUUAUACAAGCCCAGAGGCAACUACAACCUAAGAUAGCAAUGAGAGACUCUCACGAUAGAGAGUACGAUAAGGGGAAGAAUAGGCACAAGGUUCGGCAACAUGUUGAGGCUAAGGACAACGAUUUCGCUGCAGCAUACAAACGUGCGAAGGCUAGGCUUCAUGGACCACGAAACAAGCAGCAGUUGAUGCGGGAUAAGCGGUUGCAUAAUCGUUGUCAAAGGCGAAAAGGGAAGCCUACCAUCACCAAGAGCAGUUCAUAGGUCUAAUAAUCAUCCUACCUUCGUUCGAUGAGACUUGGUCGAGAAGUAUCCUAUAGCGGUUCCCUAUUGUUGUUGCCCUCCUGUCCUCUUCUUCUUGUUGUUGAUGCUUGAUGGAUUGUAAAUCAUGAUGAUAUUAUCAUACCACUACUAUCACUAGUGGUACCAAUAGUCACUGUCCUAUAUCCCAUUGAUAACGUCCCUUCACGAUAACACUGCUACCAACGUACUUGGAUUUACUCCUUAUUAUUACUCAUCAC